AUGUUGGAUUUUUUUAGAUGCUGCGGAGUUGUCGGCUUCCGUUUCCACGGGGCGCUUGGCGAGUGGAAGCAUCUGCUGGUCGACACUCAGUUGCCAUGUAGUGGCACCAACAGCAGUACGCCCAACGGCGAAGACGGCUCUAACUCUUGUGGCGGAGGAUCAGGAGGACUAGUGAAGGCCAUCACCGCCAGUGUCCUCAGUUCCGGCGUUCGUGCUGCGGAGGCUUCGGUGGCAGAGGAGUGUGCUGAAGCUGAAACUUCUACCGUCAGUGGGAAGCUGCUGUCGCCGCGACGAGUCCCCACCCGCCAUCGGAGUACAAUCUUCACAGCCCCCGUUGACUUUGGGGCCCACUUCAAAACGACGAGAGGGAGGGGACUCGCCGGGACGAUAAGGGAAGCGAACCAAGAAAAUGUGCCAUCUGAAGGCGACCCGAGCGGCGCAUCGCGAGCGCAAGGACUUGUAGAAAAGGAAACUAGCGGAUCUCGUUCAAGGGGCAAAAGCACACUCAGGGGAGAGGCGAGAGAACGCAAGCUCUCAGGGCACGGCAACCGUGAAGCAGCAGAAGCAGAGCCAGGCGGCACGGAAUCAGUGCAAGACUUGAAUCUUUUAUACAGCAGUUGUGAGCAUCCAGAUGAAUUGUGGCUUCCCAUCACUGAGAAGGCCUACGCUAAAUUCCUAGGAUCCUACGAAGCCCUCUGUGAAAGAAGCAUCACGGACAUACUUGUCGACCUCACUGGUGGCGCAGGGGAAGAAAUCCGAUUCAAGGAUAUGCAGAAAGAGGGCCCGGAGGCACUCUGGUUACUGCUUUCGAGCUGCAGCAGGGCGGGCGACAUUGUUAUGGUUGCUGUGGCGAAGGACAGACCCCAAUCACGGCGUGCCCCUGCAAGUGUUCCAACGGGCUCUCCCUCAUCCCCCACGCGAAGUCCGCCUGUGACAAAGGAUAACAUCAUGCUCAACAGACCAUAUUGCAUCCUCGAUAUCGUCGAGUACGAGGCUUUGCGCCUAGUUCGUUUGCUCAAUCCCUGGGGGCAGCCUCUCUGGAAGGGGGAAUUCGCCGACUAUCACAGAAUCUGGAGCAAGUACCCUGGGCGCCCCUAUCAUCCUGCAGAUCUGAAGGACCGGUUGAACUAUCGAUUCGGACAGGAAUCGGGCACCUUCUGGAUGAAGUACGAAGAUUUUGCUCAGGUCUUUUCCAGCCUGCAGCUGUGUUACCUCUUUGAUUCGCUCGCGGAAGCCUCCACCGUCCGUGCCAAUGUUCGGACUUUGCCGAACAACGCUCAGCAGGUGCAGAUUGAUCCUGCAAAUGCGAGAAAUGGAAAAGCAACGUCAGCUUCUGACCCGACGUGCAACGAAUACAUCUUCAAAUUCCAGCACAUCAACGAAUGGAGAGGCAAAACUCUUGUCGGGCUUCCUCGCUGCUGGGCUGCCGCUCCAGCCUCGCGCGCACAAGCUCCUACGGGCCCCCUCUCUUCGAAAAGCCUGGGGGACGCCGUUUCUAUCGCAGACGCUGCCGUUUCCGAGCGCGCCUUGGCUGCCAUGACAGCUCAGACAAUGCAGGAUAGAGGUUGGUCUGGGGUUCCGCGCGGAAUCGUCCAGAAAGGUGCGGCAGCGCCGGCGCAAAUGCCUCCCUCGACAGCGUCAGCCAAAACUGCCGGUGGCCCCCAAAUGCUGAUUCCCCCAGAAGGCGACAGGGAGCACAUUUCAACUGUGGGGUCGGCCACAAAACGGGAUGCUUCACAACAGCGCAGGACGAGGGCUGGGCGGGGGACUGAUGCCGCUGAGCCGCUGCGUACCACGCUCGGGCCGGCUGCGUCGUCGAGGCUACUCAGCCGCUUCACUAACCAUUCGUUCGCGACGCAAGAGCCCCUGGACGAACCGGAUUGCUCGUGGAUCAACGCACCCAUGUACCUUAUCACCCUGCCCACGCCGGCGCAAGCGGCGGCUGCUUUCGCCGCCAGCAGUCCAAACUCUCCUCCCGACGGUUCAGGCAGUUUCCAUUCGCCAAGACGGUCCUGCGGGACGACACUUCGUGAGAAGGUCGUGACGUCACGACGCACUUCAAAAAAAAGCGAGAAGACAGUGCCUGAGGCACAGCUCUUCAUCAGUCUCAUGCAAGCGCCGGGCGAGGACACCGCGGGCGCACCUCCGCCCCUCGUUCCUAUAAGUUUUGCGCUCUUUGACGCCCCUCGGCCUCCCUACCGGUUGUGGGAAUGUGACGAAUCCAGAUGCAUUCUCCGCGCCAAGCCCCCACCAGCUAAAACGGACACGCCUGAGGCCGCUUCACAGGCUGGAGGUCACGGCGCGGAGUUCACCCCAUUGGAUACGCCGGGGAAGUCCGGGAACAUCCGCCGAGAAGUCACUGCGCACUGCAGAUUGAGCACCUCAGGGUACCGGUGCAGCGAAAGCAAAACAAACUGGGCGCUGUCCUUAGGAUCCAAGGCACCUGCGUGUGAUAUGAGCGACAAAGAAGCCGCGGGAGGCGCGGACGCCUCCGGGCGUCUUUUUGGCGCCGCGGCAGGAAACCCUGACGCAGCCUGCUCACAAACCGACGGCGAACGCGGCCUCGCCAAGGACUGGAAACCAUCCGGAAGGAAACUCCUCCUCGUGUGCUACCAAAAUCAGGGACGGCUACCAAAAAAUUCAGAGAGGCCGUUCCUCCUGAGAAUAUUUGCCACCGUUCCGCUGCUGGUUCAGCUUCUCGAGCCGCCUCACGAAGAAGUCUUCAGCGGGGCUUGGAGUGCUUUCUGCGCUGGUGGACGUCUGUACCUUGAGACCAUGACGAACCGUUUGGUAGCCAACAGCUCCUGGGCUUUGAAUCCGCAGUACCUCUUCUAUCUCGAUGCCAAGUAG